UUUUAGGGAACCCCUUGUAUAAUCCAGCAAUGUCGAAAAGUUUGGUUGAAGAUGUUGCGAAGUUAAAAAUUUUCAUAACUGACGAGAAGCUUAUCAAGGAAUUCAUCCGAAACAUAUAUGCUGAAGGUUAUUCCGUCAAGAAAGCUUUUUUGAGUUUUUGCGAAGAAUUUGGAAGCAGCGAGAAGACAUAUCGAGAGUUCUAUGUAGCGUACUACAAGAUCGGGAAAAGCUCUGACGUGGAACUGCCAGUUUUUUCGGAAAUGCCAAUUGUGGCACUCCUCCACAUUUUCGAGAACUUGAAUUUGGCAGACAGACUUCACCUUCGAAAUAUGUGUAGACACUUUAAAAUUGCGGUUGAUCGAGUUGGAUGGAAAUUGAAGGAAGCACAAUUAAUCGUUAUCGAAAGAUGUGUGAUGUUGUUCAUCGAACCAUUCACAGUCAACUAUGAAAACCGAGAUGGCAGUUGUUAUGUGCAAUGCGACACGGGAGCACGGGGAGACGAAAAAGAAGUCACUGGAGGAGAUCAUUUGGAGAUGGCUGUUAAUGAUUUCUGCAACAUGAUAAAAGGGUCUAAACAUGACCUUGUCAAAGUUGAGCUGGACUUCCAAAACUGCAGCCCGGAUGAACAUGACAAGUUCUGCCGACUGUUUGUGGGAAAAAUCGAGAACAUCUCCCCAACAGAAAUAUAUCUUCGAUUCUGGACAUGCAAGGCAGUUGCUUCAUUUCUGAAGUUGUGCAGUGCUGACCAGCUUAAACAUAUUGAUUUACACUUUCAUGACGAAGAAUUGCUGGAGUAUAACGAAUUUGUUAAUCUUAACCACUGGAAGAACGCUAAAUAUCUAAAAUUGUAUUGCAAGUAUUUGCCCACUAGAUUUUACCAAAAUCUUUCGAAUUUCAAAGUUUUGUCACUAAGGCCAGAUCAAUCAUCAGUAGAAGAUAUUGACCAAAUUAAAAAGCUAAUCUCCGAGCCGAAUCAACUUUCAGCGAUGGUUUUUCAAAGUGUUGCAGCUCUUGACACUGUUUACAUUGCGUCUGCUUUUGGCCACAGAAAUGUAGUUCAAGAAAUAAAUACUGUGAAGUACUUGAACUAUGAGAUACAAUUCUCAAAGAGAAAGUUGACUAUUCGGCAUGAGAAUUUGCCGCAGAGUGCCCUCUCACUAGAUUGUUAUUUUUCAAAUUGAAUUUUGUUCUGGUUUUUGUCAUAUUAUUAUAUUUCUCUAGAUUUUCGUUUUAGUUAUUUUCUGGACUGCUUAAACUUACUUUUUGAAAGAUUCAUUUCUUAUUGUCGUUUCUAAUUUUAAUAAACAUAAUUAAAUUACAA